UACAACAGCUCACCGCGAUCACCUCAGUCUUAUUCCGUUCCUUCCCAUUCGUUUUGUUAACUCUUUUGCAGUCUCCUCCAAUCGACAACAAAAAGUCGACCCACAUCACAAUGGAGGUUGAGGCGCUGCCAUUGCUGCUGGAGGGCGUCACUUUCCUGCUCUCCAAGCACGACCUCAAUCCAGAUGAGCCGCCGUUGCUGCGAAACUUGCUCAAGUCGCUCGGCGCCAAGCAGUGCUUUGCUGCGAGCGCGGCCACGCACAUCGUCACACGCAAUGUGGAUGCCGUUGCAUCGCACAAUGCUGUGGUUGUCACGCCGCUGUGGGUCGUCAACUGCGCCAAACUCAAUCUUCACCUGCCUGAACAGUACUUUUCUCCAAAUCUCGCGUCCGCACCUUUUGGUGGAGCUGUCGUGGCGUUUCACCAAAUUGCUUUCGAAGAUGUUCCUCAGCUGUGGGGAAUAGUCGAGUACUUUGGUGGAACAUGCUCUGCCGAACUUGAUUCGAGCUGCACGCAUCUGGUCGUUGCUUACGAAGAUGAUACACUCAUCGGACUCAGGGCGUGGCAUUCCAAGCUUGAAAUCGUGACAAAGCAAUGGAUUACCGAUUGCGCCCGUGCACGACGAAGAUUGAAUUGCGACUAUUAUCGACCGACACCAAGAGCUGCAGAGUUGGACGAGACCGCCACUUCGGGGUUGAAGAGUCCAGUCUUGUUUGUUGGGUCCAACCACUCUCUGCUGCAGGAUGCAUCCGGGGCGUCCUUCACGCCAAUUCCUGCCAAUCAACUCAUCGAGGUGGAUCCCGACGUCGUCACGAUGGAUGUGGCACAGUCGCCGCCAAUAUGCCGCUCCGAUGACCUUCCCAAUCCUCACACAACCCCUUUGGAGCAUCCGAUUGCUACCGCGGCGGUUGUAUCGGAACAGCCAAAGUUGUCUCAAGUAUCGUCCAGCAUUGAAUCUUUGCAGGAUUCCCGAGAGCUGCCUCUCCUUUUAAAUACGGAUGUCCUGUCGCUUCACAUUUGCUCGGUUGACGAGUCAAAGCAAAAGAACAUUCUUAAACUCUGGGCUGCCUGUAUUGAGCGAUUUGGUGGUGUUAUCGAGCCUCUGUCCGACCGAACAACACUUGCAGUCACUGAUUCGCGAGCAACCGAGUUUUACGGCGAGGCGUUUCGGCAUCAUGCAGUGGUUGUUUCGCCACAUUGGCUGAAUGACCUCUAUCGUGAUGCGAAACGACCAGGCUUUGCAGACAAGGCCGUCUACGUUCCGCCCGUGCACAACGCGACCAUUCCGGACAUGUCCUCGCUCGUCGUUGGUGUGUCGGGCUUUCGGGGAUUGGACCGCGUCUAUUUGACCGACAUGCUUCGCUUUAUUGGAUGCCAAUACUCGACCGGACUUACCUCCUCUGCGGACAUUCUCGUGUGCAAGCACGCCGGCACGCAGAAGGAGGUGUUUGCUCGGCGAUGGGGCUUGACCGUGGUGAAUGCGGGGUGGAUCGAAGACUGUUACUUGCGAUGGCAGCGCGUGCCUAUCUCUGCAAGACAUCGACAGCUUGAUGACGACCCCCAGAGCGAAGGAGAAGGGUCACACGCUCGAGCUGCUAUUCACUCGUCCACCGACCCGGGAGAUGGACCCAUUUUGCCGUCCUUUUCGACAACAGCUUCAGCCGCUCAUGCUCCUUCAUUCUCGCCUGCGCCAUCACUCUCGCCCGUUGCCGAGCUGUCAUCGAUGGAGCUGCUCCACGGCUCCAACUCUCCGACAAACGCGGGUCUUUCGUCACCGCCCGUCCAGUUCGCAGCCGCUGAACCUGUCGCCCCUGCUGGGGCAUGGCGGUUCCGCAACUCGUCCCCGACGAACAGAACUGUUCAAUUCGACCGCUCAAGGAUGGGUCUACAGGCGCCUUCUUCGUCUGCGCAACUGCAAUCGCACCGACCGCACCUUCCGAGACUGGUCCAGGCGGCGUCGUUGCAACAGCCUUCUCGACCGCAGUCCCCUCCGCCGCCUCGAGAACAACCGUCACCCAAGAUUCCCGAGCCAGAUCCAGCUACGCCUUCCAAGCAGUCUCAGCUGCUGCAGCCGUCCUCUGCUGUCGCCAACGCCUCCAAUUCAGCCGCCAGUGGAAAGGGUCGAGCCCGCACUCCCCAGUCGCGUCCAGUCCCGGUCGCAGAGCUCAUGACCUCCGAUCCCGAGACCGCGGCUGCUGUCAUGUCCGCGGCGGCAAAGCCGAUUCGGCGGCCAGUUAUUGCCAUUAGCAGAGCAGAAGCCUUGCGGAAUGUGGAUCAAGCGGGCUUGGACGCGCUGGUGGCUCGAGUCGCUGCAAUGGGAGGCAAACUCUUGCUUGAUUUCGGCGAGAACAUUCGCGAUUGCACCCAUCUCGUUGCUUCAUCCCCAGUGCCCCGCACGGUCAAGUGCGCCGCCGCGCUUGUCUUUUGCCAUCAUGUCGUUACAAUGGCGUGGCUGGAGGCGUGUCUCCAAGCUCGCUCGUUCGCCAGCGUUGAUCCAGAGCAAUAUGCCAUCACCGAGACGCUGUUCUCUGCCACAACACCCGUCAUCCGUGCACGGGCGCUUGCUCGACGCGCAGUGCCAGUCUUCCACGGCAUUGACUUUUACUUUAUCACCCCAAUCAACCCGAGCACUGACACUCUCGCCAUUCUGGUGAAUGUCGGUGGCGGCAAUUUACUCGAGAAGCUUCCCCAGGUCUCGACGCUGGUUCGACGCACUGCUCAUCUGCAGCCGGACUCGUGGCAACAGGGCACCACCAAGCCGCUCGUCAUCAUUACCCAAGUGGAUGACGACAAGCGGGCGACCGGAGACUUUGCCCGAACGCUGCUCAAUCAGAAAGUCAAGCUCUUCGACGUGCGGUUUCUCGUGCAAGCCCUCGGGAGUCAGGAGAUUGACUGGUCGUGCCAGGCGCGAUGAGCUUUGGGUUGCAGGCUCGAGUAAUAUGUCGUUGAAUGUUACGCCCAAACAAAAUAAUAAUCAUUAAGAAAAAGUGG